AUGAGCGGCGCCCGCGGCCGAGUCGAGGACGCCGUCGAGGACGCCGUCGAGGACGCCGUCGAGGCCGUGCUGCUGGAGGUGAUCCUGGACGAGCCGAGCGCCAAGGCGGCGCCGAGCGCCGGCGCGCCCCUUGGUGCUGUGGUGUCCGGGCCCGGCCCCGGCCCCAGCAAGAUGGUCCACGACUACCCCGUCGUGUGCCCCGAGCCCGUGCCGGCGCGCCCGAAGUGCCACCGCCACAUCGACACCGUGUUCGUGGUGGCGGUGCUCGUCGCCAUGCUCAUCCUCGUCAUCGCGGAGUGCGUGUCCAACAAGCGUUUCUCCUGAGCGCGGUGGCCAGGGUGCGCCCUCGGGUGCGCCAGUGCGUCGACCGCCUUCCCAACGCCCUGCCGACGACAACCGCAGCCAAAUCGAACGUUACUCCCUUGCGUGUGAAUUCUUAUUUAUUUUUACUAUUAAACCUGUGUACUGUG